UUUUCAAACGUUGAAAGUAGUUCCGUUCGCCCGUCCAUCCUUCCCCCUCCAUGCGUUGCCAUGGCGCGUGGCGGUUGAUCCGCCGUGGUCUUGGUGAUGCGGUGCUGGAGGGAUUGACGCCAUUUUGUUCAUUUGUGGAACCCCCCCUAUAAGGAGCAGAGUGCAGCCAAUAGUUGGAGCCCGGUUCUGUACCAGAAUGAUGGAUGAACUCAUGUCCAAUACAGCAUUGCCACCCAUUUUUGCUGAUGAUGAUGUGUCAAAAGAGAGUGCAGAUCUGACAGUCGAUGCAGGCUUUUCAGGACCAGAAAGCUCAUACAGUUCUGGGGUCUCGCAGUCUCUGAACAAUCCAGAGUUUGUGGAAGAUCUGUCCCAGGUGCAGUUACUGCAGAAUGAGUCCCCUCAGGCAGCAGAUAGCAAUGAGCAAAGAAGUGAGGAGGAGCAGAAAACUGCUAAGAAAGGGGGCUGGCCAAAAGGAAGAAAAAGGAAAAAAGCAACCAAGGACAGCAAUGCACCAAAAGCUCCACUGACUGGAUAUGUGAGAUUUCUUAAUGAGCGUCGGGAGCAGCUUCGAGCACAACGGCCGGAUGUUCCAUUUUCCGAAAUCACCAGAAUGUUGGGAAAUGAGUGGAGCAAAUUGCCUGUGGACGAUAAACAGCAUUAUUUAGAUGAGGCAGAGAGAGACAAAGAGCGUUACAUGAAGGAGCUGGAGCAGUACCAACAGACUGAGGCUUAUAAACGGUUCAGCCAGAAAGCAGAUGACAAACGACACACGAAAGGACUUAGCCAAGAUGAAGGAUCUCGAGCCAACAACAUUCCUGUUACUGAGGGUGAACUGAAGGAUCGAUCUGUAUUGGAUAUUCCAAUUUUCUCUGAGGAAUUUUUAGACCACAGCAAAGCUCGAGAAAGGGAGCUCCGACAGCUGCGAAAGUCCAAUAUAGAGUAUGAAGAAAGAAAUGCAGCCUUACAGAAGCAUGUAGAAAGCAUGAAAACAGCGGUUGAGAAGCUGGAGAUUGAUGUGAUGCAAGAAAGAAAUAGGAACGUUGUCCUUCAGCAGCACUUGGAUAGUCUGCGGCAUGCACUGACAUCAAGUUUUGCUACUGUACCAUUGCCAGGCUCUGGUGAGACGCCCACCCUGGAAACCAUUGAUUCCUACAUGAGGAAACUACACAGUAUUAUUCUAUCCAACCCUCAAAAUAAUGAAAAUCUCAUUGCCACAGUGCGUGACUUAGUAAGUCAACUUGACAGUUGAAAUCGUGAUUGAUUCUGAGGGCAUCAUCAUCUGUUUACACAGCUCGAGCAGUCUGAAAUGGAAGAUGCCACUUAGACUUGCAAAGAGAAUGAAAUGGCAGCUACUGUCUGAGGCCUUGGAGUUCAGCUUGCUCUGGGGAAGAACUGUUCCCAGCCACAGGUCUUCUUUCAUUUCUAAUGCACUGAAAGUCUGCCGACCUACAGGGGACUGUUGUGUUGCUCCUUAUUAUCUGGAAGUUUGAUCUCUGCUCAUUCCAUCACUGGGUGACUAAAUGGAUGACUAAAGCCAAAUGUUUCUGUAUUACUUGUGUGAAACCUUCUCUUGUGGCAUUGAAGGCUUUGGGUGCUUAAUCAUCAAAUUUAUCUAUUCAAUAGCUUUUUAAAAAACAAAACAGAUUGUUCGUUUUCCUUUUCUACCUUGAAAAUGGCAACAUGUCCUGCACAUAGAAGCAAGCUCCUAGAUGAAGCUGAUUUUAAUUAUUUUAGUUGAUGGCUUUCUGAAAUCCUGAAUGAGUUUACCAAACCAGAACUUUUUUUAAAAAAAGCAAGAGUCCCUGUGGUUGAAUAGGCCAAUGUAAAGGUAAAUUUGGCAAGUCAGGGAAUUCCCAGAUCCAAUCACUGGCCUGUGCUGGCUUCCUUGGUCUCAACCAGUUAAUGGUGAUGCGAUUGGCCAUAACUGCUCUAAAUGAAGUGGAAUUGGGAAAGAUUGCCCAGAGUUCCCAUCUUGCUUUGCUGUCUAGUCAUUCCUGCUUGAAUGUGUAUAUUUGGCAAGGGAAAGAAUCAGCUUUAAAUGCCCCUCAAUGACAUGGGGAGUGUAUGUGGUACGUGAAAGUACAUGGUUGGUGAAGACUGAAUCUAACUAAUCAGAAUGCAACAUAGCGCAGUUAGUUAAAACAUGCUGUAUAAGCUGAAAUAUGAAAAGUUGAACCAACAGCUUGAUAAUAGAGUAUCAGUGGAACAGUAUUUCAGCAAUAUCUUCAAAUGAGGAGAGAAAACUAGCAACAUCUUGCAUUACUUGCCAUGUAUUAAACUCAAAAUGAGAUUGGACUUGUGGAAAUUAUUUUGUAUUGGUAUCUAAAUCAUGAAUUCCAGUUAAAUGACCUGGAGAACAUCUUCAUGUUGUGGUGCUUUUAAUACAUCAUUGUUGAGACUGGAACAUAACCCCAGAGAAUAUAUUCCAAGACUUGUCUUUUGUUUCAUGUGAGGCUGGUUUAUUUUUAAUGAUCUUGGGGUUUUUUGCAGGGGGACUGGGGGUGGUGUCACUUAGGCAAUGAAGUCUAUUGCAUCUAUGAAAUUGAGACGAAUGGUCUGCUCUAGGUUUGUUGAAGGGAAAGGUUGAAAUAAUUACUGAGGCUUCUUGGGUUGCGCUCGAGAGUUUGAAUCAAAGCCAAUAGAGGAUCCUAUUUCCUUGGAUGGAUCCAGUUUACAUAGCGCUAGUGGGUCAGGUGAAUUUCUCAGCUUGUGUCUAUUUUCAGAAUCUGCAGAUUCUAACCAGUGUAUGUGACUGAUUAACCGAUUGCGUACUAGAAUCUCUCUGAAUAUUUAAGAAAAUGCACCUCAGAUCAAACUUUUAACCUCAAAGAAUAGAGGCCAUCCUCAUCCAUGAACUGGGCAGGUCAUUUCGUAUUCCUGUGUGUUAUCCAUUGAUCUCCUCCAUUGGAAAAUGCGUGUGGAUAUCAGGUCAAGUACAAUUGCAUGUCUGUUAUAUGACCCCCUCAUUAUUACAUAAAGGAAUGAAAUAUUGAAACAAGCUCAGUGCACUUGCAUUGCUGUCCAGGUGGCCUCCAAAAAAUGACACACAUGGCUGAUUUUAAGAUACUUCAAAUGGUCAUUUGGGAAAUUAGCUUGGAUUCUCAUUUCCUCAGCACUAUCCAGCAACAUGUACAAGAAGAAUUUCUGCUAAAUGAAGGUAUGGUUGAACUUUGUCCGCCAGAAUAAUUGUCCUCUGAUACUCAUUAUGUACACUUUCAUACGAAGCACAUAUUUUUGAUGGUCACCACUCCCUAUUGAAUUAUAUUCCUAGCAUGAGUCAUUGCUUCAGUAAAUGCGGACAAAAACUCCUAGUGUAAGAUUUUCUAUCAGCUUUACUGGUGCCUAAAAUUCUGAAGUGUUCUCCAUCUAAUAUUUCACCCCUUCUUAAGCCUAAACAUGUGCCAAAACAUAAUUCUCCUGUUCUGAAAUUCUGUCCUCCAUUGCAUACAUGUUUGAGAAUGCACUGAAGUACACCAAAUGAAAUGAAUAAAUUUGUCCACUCAGAAUUUCCUCAACAAUUUCUGAUCUCUCCCUGCAAAUUGAUCUUUCUUUUCUUGUUUAGAGACUGUUUAAUCUUCCAAGUUCUGCAGUUUAUAUUUUGUUUGAAUAUAGAUUGAAUCGUAACCUUAAAAAAAAUACAAACCGUUUAAUGGUCAAACCACAAAAUUUCCAUUUGCAGAAACAGUGAUCUCGUACUGUUUUGAUAAACUGCCUCUUGAAGGCUGUUAGGAAACUAUGAUCUAAACCACUGCCAGUAGACAUGAUAAUGAUAAAGAGAAUAGUCCGGAAUGUUCUGCAAUAAUGCAGUUGCUCUUUCAAGCUGUUAACUGAUUGAACAAUUUAUGCACACAGAUUGCAUUUUGAAGGAGUUACAGUGUAACUGCAGUUAAAAAUGAAACUAUUAAAUAUUUAUGAAA